AAUGCAUGAAAAGUUAAAGAGGGCGACGUGCGAAGGCGAUAUUAUAAAUGGGCUCCAGCCGCACGUGUUCUCAGAGCGCCUCUCCCGUCGAGGAGGCAACACCUGCGCGGGAGCAAACGCAAGCGGCACCUGGCCGCCUCGAGCGCCGCGCGCGCCAAGGCGUGUUUCGCCCGCCCAGGGCUGCAGCAUCGCCCAGCGGCGCUUCCCGCGAUGGUCCGGCUCGACUUGGAGCUCAGCUUCGAGCUCAACUUCAGCACCGGCGACAGCUCCGAGCUGGACCUGCAGGCGAACGCGAGCCCCCCCUGGGACCCCCUGGUGCCGCUGAGCCGCACGGGCCACACCGUGGUGGCGCUCUUCCUGGGACUCAUCUUCGUGCUGGGCUUCGCGAGCAACCUGCUCGUGCUGCUGGUGUUCGCGCGCUUCCCGGCGCUCUGGACGCCCAUCAACCUGAUCCUGCUCAACAUCAGCGCGAGCGACAUGCUCGUGUGCGUGUUCGGGACGCCGCUGAGCUUCGCGUCCAGCGUGCGCGGCACGUGGCUCAUUGGCGCGCACGGCUGCAGGUGGUACGGCUUCGCGAACGCGCUCUUCGGUAUUGUUUCCCUGGUGUCCCUCUCCUUUCUCUCGUACGAGCGCUACUCCACAGUGAUGUGUACCUCCAAGGCCGAUGUAUCCAACUACAGGAAGACCUGGUUCUUCAUUGCUGGCUCCUGGCUCUACUCCCUGGUGUGGACCGUGCCACCCCUUCUGGGUUGGAGCAGCUACGGCCCCGAGGGCCCUGGGACCACCUGCUCCGUGCAGUGGCACAAGCGCUCCGCUUCCAGCGUCUCCUACGUCAUCUGCCUCUUCAUCUUCUGCCUGCUGCUGCCCCUUUUGCUGAUGGUCUUCUGCUAUAGCCGGAUCCUCAUCGCCAUCCAUGGGGUGGCUAAGAUCAACCAGACGUCUGCCCAGAGGCGGGAAAACCACAUCCUGGCCAUGGUUGUGUGUAUGGUGUCCUGUUACAUGCUGUGCUGGAUGCCAUACGGGGUGGUGGCCCUGGUGGCCACCUUCGGCCGAGCUGACCUCAUUACCCCGGUAGCCAGCAUCGUGCCCUCCAUCCUGGCCAAGAGCAGCACUGUCUUCAACCCCAUCAUCUACCUGCUUCUCAACAACCAGUUUUACAGAUGCUUUGUGGCCUUCCUGAAAUGUGGAGCAGAGGUCCGGCCUGACCGUGCGCCCCGGACCCUGCGGAGCAGUAAGCCAGAGGGACGUCCCAUCAACGGAGUCCUGCCGCCGUACCCUGACGCUGCCCCCUCAAGCUCCCAGAUCUGCGAUGCCCAGAAGAACACAGCCAGCCUGGUCCUGGUGAUUGACAGCGAGCCCUAAGGGCCAGCAAUGAUCUCACUGUUUGCAUAUUGCCGACAGAGCAGGAUCUUGUGAAGGGACACUAAAAGCAGAUGGUGACGAUCAACUGAAAAAUAGGUGUGAUGAUGAGAAGGAGGAGAAGAAAACACAAUUCCAAACGAGAUGACGAACAAAAAGCUAAAAAUGAUUUACGUAUUAGUCUACGCCCGCCCACUGACAGUCCUCCGCGUCCACUCAUCCAUCACCACGAUCAAGAUUCUCCUACGCAAACAUGUAGGAUAACUGCCUUUUUUUCCCUGAAAUGCCAACAUUUCACACCCAUUUCACAGUGCUUCUUUAGUAGCUUUGAGGAAAGCACUUAAAAUUCCCUAUUAAAAUACCCCGCUGUAAUAAAUGGGCCAAACGAAUACAGGUUGUCCCCUACUUACGAUGGGUUACGUUCCGUGAAACCCAUCGUAAGUCGAAAAUACAUUUAAUACA